AUGGCCGAAGAGUCGAGUUAUUCACAGGAGCUAGUAAAACUGCUUGAAAAGGGUGCCCAGGCAUUUGCUGAAAAGCAGUAUGAGAAGUCUGUCGAGUACUAUUCUGAGGCGUGCGAGAAAUCCAAUCUUUUGACAGGCAAUGAUGACCCUGAUUUGCUCUUUUUGUACGCAAAAUCUUUGUUUGAGAAUGCUGUGUCCAAAUCUGAGGUAUUAGGUGGCCAGAAUAACCAGGACGAAAAGGCUGAAGAGACUGAGGACGAUAAUGGAAUGUUCCAAUUUAACGAGCAGCUUGCUGAAAAUGAAGAAGACGAAGAAGAAUCUGAGCAAGAACUAGAACAAGGACAAGAAGAACAGUCUCAUGAGCAAGAAGAGGAGCAGGGAGAGGAGAGCGAAGAGCAGACUGAUUUUGAGGUAUCGUGGGAAAUUCUGGAUUUGACGAGGACUUUGUACGAAGAGAAGCUCAGUUCCCUACAAGAUGAACAAUUGAAAAAACCAUACCUGGAUUCAGAUAAGAAGGACAUAAAGGAAAUCAGCUCGCCAUUUGUGGCAAUUAAAAAGAAACUGAGCGAGGUGUACGAUUUGCUAGGAGAGAUCUCUUUGGAAACUGAAAACUUUAGCCAGGCAGCUCAAGAUUUCACCACCUUGGCCAAUUUAAGAACAGAAUUAUAUCCAUUCUCUUCCAGGCUUGUUUCUGAAGCCUAUUAUAAGCUUUCGCUGGCGUCCGAGUUCAACACGGGCGAAGCAGGGUCCAGUGCAACGGCUGUAGAGGCUAUGGAGAAAUCUUUGAAAUCUAUUAAGGAAAGAUAUGAACUUCCAGACGAGGAAAGAGACGAGAGUCUGCUUCAAGAAAUGGAACAAAGACUGGAUGAUUUGAGGAAAGGUGAUGCAGCGAUUCAGGAAGAGAAAAAGAAGAUUAUGAUGGGCAUAUUGGGUGAAAGCGAUGGUACAGAAAUCAAGGCCACUCCUAAAACGGUUCCUGUGAACGAUUUGACGGGAAUGGUUAAGAAACGAAAACAGCCUGGAGGGAAAGUGGUCACUAAAAAGACUAAAACCAGUAAGUAG